AUGAGAACAAGUUAUUUAUUUAGGUAUUAUUUUAUAUAUUUACUAUUAAAUAAUGGAAAAUGGUUUGUGAUUUCGGCUGAUAAUGAACCUUCAAAAGCCAAAGGUUCAUCUCAGUCCACUAAUCCAGUUCAAGCCAGUUCCACUACCUCAUCAUCUGUCACCGUUCCUUCUGAUGUUGGAUUAUUCACCACUGACGCUUCUGGGAAGAAAGUAAAACUUGAUGAUUCCCAGUUUAAGACAGUUCAGGAAGGAGUUGAAUAUUCAUUUGAACCGGAUAGUGGUGUCCAGCUGACUGAAGUAAGACAUGGUUCCACAACCGUAUGGGAACACAAAUCUGGUGAACCAUAUCCAAAAUCUGUAUCGUAUAAGAGUGAUGAUAAACAGUUCGCUAUUCUUUUUGAUGGUCGGGUUUUUAUGUUUAGAUUUCAGAAUAAUGAAUGGAAGUCGGAACUUGAUAGCCUAUCUCCAGACCCUACAAAAGCUGAGGGUAAGCCUGCUGUGACAGGAGUAGAGUUGGACCUUAAGGCUACUGCUGGUAGCAAUCAGUUUGAGUACAAAAGAUCGGGUGAUACUGCAACCUUUACAGCCAAAACUGGUCAUGAGUUUACAACAGUAAUGGAAACAACUGGUACAGGAGGUUCAAGGACAGUUACUUGGAGAUCAGCCAACCCCAACGAGAAUGCGACCAAGGUAGAACUUGAAGGAGUUGGAAAGAAUGAUCAAAAACUAACCAUUCACAAGAAGAAUGAUAGUAAGCUAAAGUUUAACAAAUCAGGUGCUAAUGCAAAUUGGGAAGAAGUCGUUACUAAGGUUGAACUUGACCUCGGAAAGACAUCUGCUACGGACCAGUUUGAUUAUGAUAGAAAGAAUGAAUUUGCUACAUAUUUUGCAAGAGACGGUUAUGGGUUCAAUAAGGUUCUAAAAGCCAAGGCCACAGAUUAUAGUAGAGAAGAGCUAGUUUGGGCUGCUGAGGCCAGUUCUAAAAACUUUGUCAAACUUGUUAGGGUCAAGUUGACAGACAACCACGUAGCCUUGUUACUAAACAAUCUUGAAUUGCUCUUGUAUCACAAAACUGCCGAAGAUCAACCUUGGAAAGACAUAACUAGCGAUAGACACAAGUUAUCAGAACUCAAGUUCUUUACAUUUGAUCAAUCUGGAUCCCCUAAGGAAAUAGACUCCACGUAUUACAGAGUAGAGUUAAAUGGGUUUUCAUACGGUUAUACUUUUCAUGAUGAUUUUGAGUUUCACCAAAUUAAAUACCAAAAUAAACUAGUUUACGAUUAUGACGCCGAUGAAGAUUUCGGUUUGUUGAAAGGAGUUUAUCUUGGUUUGUCGUCAAAUAACUUUUUCAUUACCAACUACGAUAACGAAAGCAAAAAGUUAGAUGUUACUAAGGAAGUUGUACUUAAAAAAGCUGUACCAAUAACAGCAACAGCAGUAACACCCACCGUCAAACCAAAGAAACCAAAAAAGGUAAAAGCUCCUGAAGAAGCAGCUGAAGCGCCACCAGAACCAACUCCUGCAGCUCCUGAAACUGAAAAUACAAUCGAACCAGUAUCUGUAACAAUUCCUAAAGCCACCUUGGUAGAACUCAAAAUUGAUAAGAGUGACAGUACAAACGAGUUUGAAUAUCACGAUAUAGGAGUAUACAAAACAUUCAGCUGUAAGCAAGGUUUUGGAUUUAACAAAGUAGUAAGAUCAAAAACUUUCGGUGCCGAUGUCUUGUGGGAGGCACCUGCGAAUGAUUAUGCAACCAAGGUUAGAGUAAAGGAAACUGCUGGCACUAAAGAAAAACAUCUUCUUUUGUUUCUUGCGAGUCAGAAUUAUGUAUUUUUUCACUCCGACAAAGGUAAACCAUUUGAGAACGUAACAGACAAGAGACACAAAUUCUUUAAUCUUAAGGUGUUUAGCGUUGAUGAAAGUAGCAAAGUUGAAAAGACUUUAAAACCAGAUCAAUAUACUAUAUCUCUGUAUCAUAUGUCCAUUGGAUGUACAAUCAAAUCUGAACACGUUUGUAGUAAAAUUACAUACGAAGGAAAGGAAGUGUACAAAAAGGACAAUUAUCAAGACUUGGGUAAUAUAAAGGGUGUUUAUCUCGAUCUCAUUAGAAAUAGCAUGUAUGUCAUCGGUGUAAAUGAUGAAACCAAAGUAUUGGAAGCUAUGAAAAAGGCUAAAGCAAUUGUUCUUGAUAUAAAUAAGACUGACAGUACUGAAGACUUUGAUUUUACUCAAGAUUAUCAGAAAAAUAUCAAAACACAUGCAGCAAGGGGCAAUGCAGUUUUUGCUGCAGUUGUCAAGGGUUCUAGGAUUACAGGUGUUGCAGCUGACGAAAUAUGGAAGUCUAGUAGUCCGAAUGUUGCUUUGGAGAGGACCAAGAAUGUUACAGUACACCUAUCUAAUGGUGAUGUUAAACAUCUCAAUUAUUCAGAUGGCAAAUGGGGUUCGGUCUCUAACAAGAUAUCACUAGACAUUACCAAGACUCAGAGUUCAAUUGAGUUUGACUACUUCUUAAAAGAUGACUUCACUACAUUUACCGCAAAAGAUAGUUUUGUAUUCAAUAAGGUUUUUGAAUCAAAAACUCUUGGAGCAGACACAGACAUCUGGAAAGCCACCAAUCCGUCUGAGUACUCAACCAAAGCAUGUUUGAUGGUUACAGGUAGUGAAAAAUACUUGGGUUUAUUCAGAACCGAUGGUAACGUUAUAUUGCUACACAGGCCACCAGGAAAAGAUUGGGAAAAUGCUACAUCAAAGAUUCCAAAAGUUUCAGAUCUUAAGAUGUUGUAUUAUGAUGCAGGCUCUUACAUGCAGCUAAAACCUGACAAAUACAAACUAACAUUUGAUAAUUUAAUGUAUGGUUAUGAAUUCAACCAUGGUGUCGAUUGUCACCUUGUAAAGUUUGGUGAUAAACAUUUGUGGAACCACAGCGAUGAUCCAAAUUUUAAAACUAUAAAAGGAGUGUAUCUGUACCUUCGUAGCGGCCAAUUCAUUGUUGUUAGCCCCUCAGAUCAAAGGAAAGAAAUAAGUUUAAGAGGUUUGACUGAGGGCAAAGAAGGUGAAGAAGAGGAAGAAGAGGAAGGUGGAGAAGAAGGUAAAGAGGAAGGUAAAGAGGAGGAAGAAGAAGAACCUAAGAGUUCUGCGCCCGCAACUUUAGUAGAACUUGACGUUGAGAAAAAGGAAAGUACUGAACAAUACGGUUAUGAAAAGAAAGAUGAUGAUCAUGUAUUUAAAGCUAAAUCCGGUUUUAAGUUUUCGAAAGUUAAAAAAGGCACUCAUGUCCUUAAAGAUUUGCCUGAUCCUCAUUCACCCAGGGUUGUGGCCAAUUAUGGCCAAGUUGGCAAAAUUUUGUUGUACGUGUAUAAAAACAAUAAAGAUUUUGAAUUUUCUCUUGUGGAUGAUCCAGAUCCAACAUCUGAGGGUCCUGCAGUACCUUCAGGUUCUGCAACUGGUUUGGCCGAAUCUAAGAUUGUCUCUGAACAAUUUAAACUUUUAACCCAAGAUGAUUCAGGAUCUUCUCGAGAAAUUGAUAAAGAACAAUUAAAGUCCAAGGAACAAAUUCUUUCUCACUUGAUCAACUAUACAUUUCCUGAAAAGGCCAAAUGCUCAGAACUUACAUAUGGAAAUAAAAGUAUAUGGAAACACGACAAAUCCAUUCACGGAAAUUAUUAUCCUUCUAACGUAAUCUUGAACACAAAUACUAGUUUUCUCAUGGUAGAAUCUCAAGGUCAAUAUCAAUAUUAUUUUACUCUCAUGGGUGAUGAAUGGAAAUGUAUUUCUGGUUACAAAUCACAUAUUUUACAACCAUUAUCUCUUUUUAAAUUAAAAAUGUUCACUUUGAAUGAGUUUAGUUUAAUAAAUACUGAUGAUGCGACCCAGUAUAAUAAAAAGGUGGACGGAAAUGUUACCACAUUUAAGUUUAAACCUGGUGCCAAAUGUAUUGGUGUUAAAUAUGGUGGAGACUCAGUAUGGUCUUAUAACGACACAGACCAUGAAGACCAUUAUCCAGACACAAUUAUUGUUAAUACGAAUCAAAAUUUCCUUUCUUUAGAGUGUUCCAACCUAUACCGUUAUGUCUUCUCUUAUUAUGAUGGAAAGUUCGCAUGUAUUUUUGCCUACAAAUCACGUCUUUCGCAUCCGAUUGAACAAGAAAAACUGAGACUUUCAAAAGUUGGUGACCUAGGAUUAAUGACACCUGCUGAUACAAGUGACUUUGAACUUAAGGAAUCUGAUACUACAUAUAAAUUUGAGUCUGGACUAAGGUUUGCAUCUAUUAAGUAUGAUGGUGACGAGGUUUGGAAAUACGACGAAACAAAAUACAAAGGUAAAUUUCCAACAUCUCUUUCCUUUAACAAAAUUAACAGAAACUACUUAGCACUUGAAUGGCCUGGCACUUAUCGUCAACUAUUUCAAUUCCAAAAUAAUAAGUUGACAUCACUAAGGUCAGGUGAUAGGGUUAACUAUUUCUAUGAUGUAACAGGUGUUUUUGACCUUGAUAAAUUGAAACUAUAUACACAAGAUGAUUCAAGUAAUCUUGUUGAACUUGAUUUGAAUCAAUAUAGUGUUGAACAACCAACACUUAUUACUUACAAUUUUAAAGAUUCUGUUAAAUGUGGCGAAGUCAGAUAUGAUGAUCUCUUAGUUUGGAAAUAUGACCACAGUGAACAUGGAGAUGUGUUUCCAACCGCGGUUGUUUUGAACAAGGCAAAAAAUUAUAUAUUUGUUGAAUCAUCAUACUUCUACCGUCAUGUUCUUUCAUAUUAUAAUAGGCAAUGGAAAGAGCUGCCCUUCGGUUUCAAGACAUCAAAUCUUUUCUUCCAUAAAUUUAAAAUGUUUACCGAAGAUACUUCUGACCCAAAUAAACUUGUUGAACUCGACUCCAGCAAAUAUGAACCGUUAUAUUCUUCAAACGCUCUAACAAUUAAUUUUAACUCUGAUGUUAAGUGCACUCAUAUUAGAUAUGGUGAUGAGGAUCCAUGGAAACAUGAUAGUGAUGAACAUAGAGAUAAAUUUCCAACAUCUCUUGUUUUAAACAAAAAGAAAAAAUUACUCAUUGUUGAGUCUGGAUAUGAUUAUCGUUAUGUAUAUUCCCGUCAAAAUAAUAUGUGGAAGUUAUUGCCUUAUGGUUACAAAUUAUCAGAAUCUAGCAAAACCAGGCCAAGUGAUCCUAAUAAUCUUAAAUUAUUCACCACGGACACUAAUAAAAAACUCGCUGAAAUAGACGAAUCCAAGUAUGAAAAGAAAGAUUCUGAAAAUCUUUUCCAGAUCAAAUUUAACCCUGAUGCUAAUUGUAAAGUAAUAAAGUAUGACGAUGUUAACGUUUGGAGCUAUGAUCUUGAUGAUCACAAAGAUAGGCAUCCAACAUCUCUUGUUUUGAACAAAAAAAAGAAUUAUAUCAUGGUUGAAUCUGGCCACGACUACAGCUACUCAUAUGCUUACUACAAUAGGAAAUGGAAUUUGUUACCAGUAAGCUAUAACCAUAGACGCAGUUCUGAUCCAAUUGAUCACGAUAAGUUAAAAUUUUUCAAACUAAACGAAAACAGAAUACCAGAAGAAACUACAUUCGGUAAGGAAGGGGAUGAUUCACUUACAAUUUAUAAGAUUCCCGCUGAUGUUAAGUGCGUCGGAGUUAAAUAUGAUGGAGUUGAGGUGUGGAGGCAUAACGGGGACGAACAUCAAGAUAAAUAUCCCACGAGAGUUCUUUUAUAUAAAAAUAAUUCCACUCUUAUGGUUGAGUCUUCUUCUAACUAUGAGUAUGUAUUCACUUAUGAAGAUAAAGUCUGGAAGCUAGUCCCCUUCGGUGCAAGAUUAAAAGUUACUGAAUCUAGGUAUAACCUCGAGAAAUUAAAACUAUGUUCCUUUGAUCACACUAAUAAAACAUUUGAUCUAGAGAACCUGAACCAUUAUAGCCUUCAGGGAUCGAGAAACUUAGCCAGAUUUACAUUUAACCAAGGAGUAAAAUGUACAGAAGUUAGGUAUGAUGGUAAACUGGUGUGGAAAUAUCAUUAUGAUGAACACGAAGGGCAUUUCCCCACAGAAGUUACUGUGAACCUAAAUACUGGUUUUAUAACUGUUGAAUCAAAGGCGCAUUAUGAAACCUACUUUUCAUACUACGAUGACAAGUGGAAUUUAGUUUAUGGUUACAAAGCCUCUACGAGAACAAAAUUUAGGGAAUCAGCCAAAUUAAGGUUUUACAUAACAAAUGAAGAUGGACUUUUAGAACCUACCAUCUCGUACGAUGAAGUAGUUACAGGACCCGUUAUCACCUAUAAUAUAUAUUACGGAGUUAAGUGUACCCAUGUUAAGUUUGACGAGGUAUCCGUGUGGACUUAUGAUUCAGAUAAGUAUGGAGAUCAUUAUCCAACUUCAGUUGUUUUCAAUGUUACCAAAAUGGUUAUUACUGUCCAGUCUUCUGAUCAAUACGUACACUUUUCAUCAUUGGUUGGUCAGGAAUGGAGACCAUUCAGUGGUUUUGUAUCAUCAAAAACUACUGGUCCUUCUGAGGUUAAAAUUUACAAAAUAGGUCGUUCUGGUGACCAGGUGCUCGUUCAUUCAUCCAAGUACACAGUUACAUGGGAUAGUGUUUCAGAAUAUGUUUACGACCUAAAAGAUGCUAACUGUAAUGAAAUAAGGCAUAACGGUACUGCAGUUUUCAAACUUGAUCCAAAGGAAAGGUAUCCAAAAGAAGUUUCAUACAGCAGCCAAAAUAAAAAGUUUGUCGUAAAAUUGAGAGACAGUUAUCACGUUUGUACAAUGGACAGAGAAGGAUGGAAAUCUAUGAUUCAUAAAAUGGACGGGAGUAAUCCAGUAGCCGGACCAAAAUAUCCAUUUGACACUGCACGUUCAACUCCAUCAGUACUUACAACUGCCCCAACAUCUGAGUCUACGCAUGCGUCAGAUAGCUCACAACUUCGUGGUACCAGCGGUGAAUUGAAUUUGGCAGAUGCUCUAGGUCCAUCAAGUUCAAGUGAAGGUUCAACACCCACUCCUAAACCAGGAACUUCCACAACAUCUACCACUGGACAAGCUAAAGAUUUUGAUUUGGCAGAUGCUGUUGAAUCAUCGCAAACUUCUAAAGGUUCGGCAGCCAGUCCUAAGGAACAGCCAUCUAGUACAACAUCUACCCCACCCUCUGGUUCUGAAACAUUCAUGGAAUAA